AUGCAUCCAACCCUCAUGGCCAUAACCACGGAGCGCCCUGCCCUUGGGAAACCACCGAGAGUUAUCAAAGGAAGUGUAGAGAGGCGUGCGGGUGAACAAUGCAUUGACGAAACGAUAGCGUGGGAGACCUGCACAGAAGCAAAUACCAGGAUGCCCUUGAGGGUUGGACCUCAACAUGCUCAACAUACCGGAUAUUGUAUUACUAGAAAAAAAAGCUUCUGUAGAUAUUGGAGGCACAAUCAAUCGGACUCAUUUGUUUGUUGUUAUCACCUCUGCUCACCGGUGGAGAUACCAAUGAGGAAAGGGUAUUGUCUUGGAGAAAACUGUCCAGGACUUGAGGGAGCAAAAAGUAUCCCCGUCGUUGACUAUGAUCCUGCGGCUUACUAUACCGGGGAUAGGUUACAAUACGAAAGGGAACAGCUUGCCUUGUUGAAAAUAGAGGCGGAAACUGGGAAGGAUGUGAGGUUUUCAUGGAAGAAUGCGGAUGGACCAAGCUAUGAGACUUUUGAAGAGGAAAAAUUACGAUUCAAGUUUGGAUUCCAAGGACGUAACAGAGUUCCCAAGCCGGUUAUGAGCUACAUGCCGAAUGACAGUUGGUGGCAGCCGCAUUAG